UUGCAUAUGAAUUGUACCUGAGAGAGAUGCUACUGAAAUCAGUGGAACUAAUUAUGAUACAUGAAGUUAAGUACAUCUGCAAAGUUAUUUAAGAAGAGGAUGGUCAAAUUAGAAAAAAAAAAACAGCUCAAAAAAUUUUGCACUGAUUUUAGUAGAUUUAGGUAUUUAUUGAACUACAGUUUGUGCUGACUGUAGGCUUAGUGUCAGUCAUAAGUUUAUUUACACUAGAGCAGUUUUCUAUUUCCCACCAUGAACCCUUAGAAUGUUUACAAAUUUUGAACUAUCAGGCCCCAGAUACCAAGAGUAGUGUGGCCAGUAGGACUAGGAAAGUGAUUGUCCCCCUGUACUCAGAACUGGUAAGGCCACACCUCACAUGUUGUUCCGUUUUGGGCCACUCACUUAAAAAAUGGCAUUUUAGUGCUGGAGUGAGUUCAGAGAAGGGCAAUGACGCUGGUGAAGGUCUUCUGGGGGCAUCUGGGGGAAUUGGCCUUGUUUGGUCUGAAGAAGAGGAGGCUCACGCUCAUUGUUCUCUUCAGCUGUCUAAAAGGAAACCAUCAUGAGGCAGGGGUUGGCUUUUUCUGCCUUGUCUCAAGUGGAAGGAUGAGAGGAAAUUACUUUAAGUUGUACCAGGGGAGAUACAGAUUAGACAUCAGAAAUUUUAUUUUCACUGCAGAAGUGGUUAGGCAUUGGAAUAAGCUGCCAAGGGAGGUGGUGGAGGUACCACCUCUAGAAGUGUUGAAGAGGCAUCUGGAUGUGGCACUUGGGUUUAGGGGUGAUUAAAAUGGUGCUGUGUUGCCAGAUGGUCUUAAAGGUCUCUUCCAGUCUUGAUGAUUCUGUGGAUCUAGCCAUGUGAUAGGACUGAAAUAGAUCAGGGACAUAUGAAGAAUGCAUCACAUGUGGGCAGCAUUUUGGCCGGAGUCCCAGCUGAAAGCUCUGAAGGAGACUGUGCAGCUUUGCCUGUGCUCCGUUCUGCGCAGUCAGCCUCCCGCAGCGAGUCUGAUCUCCUCCAAACCAGCUGAGAAGCUGCCUUCCUCCAAUGCAAAGGGCUCCCAAGCCCCAUCCCAAGGCACAAGCACCGAGGUCUGGCAAAAUGUCUCAGCAGAGAAAGAGAAUUUUCAUGUGGCCUUGAAAAAGGAAGAAAAUCAAAGCACCCAGGAGUGUGAUUCUCAAGAUGACCACUUGUAGAAGUAAACUUCACUAUUGGUGAUGAGAUUUAAACAUGAAGAAAAAAAGCUGGAUAAGUAUCAAGUUGUUAAACUUGCUGUCACAAGACUAUAUUGUUGAAGACUUUUACAGGGAUGAUGGGAGUCUGGGAUAAGCUUAGAUAUGAAAACUUUGUUCCAUUUCAUCAAGUAGGCUUAAAAGACCCAAAUUGUGUUUUUUAAGUAUUUUGGUUUUUUUGGUUUUUUUUUUUUUUUUUUUGAAAACUGAAUAUUUUUGGAAAAAAAUAGGAAGUAGUUAUCUCUGACAUUUCUCUUUUGGUGACGUGCCUAUUUCUAAGUGGUAUUUGUGUUUUGAUGGUUUGAGGCAUUAUGGGUUAUUGAGUUAGGAAUAAUUAUUUUGUUGUUGUUAAUAUGAAUUUUUUUUGGUAGUUUGAUGUAUUUGGUUGUUGUUUUUUAUUAGUUUUACUUUUGGGAACGUGGGUAUUUCUAUGGUGGAUCUUUUUAGGUAGUUAUUUUAUUUCGGUGGUGAAUCUUUUCUUUCUUCGUGGUUCCGAUUUUGUUAUAUCGGUAAUUAUUUGGUGGGUUUUUUUCGUUCAUUUUAUAGAGUAUUGGGUUCUCUUUAUGCGUUAGUGUAGUGGUAGAGUUUUGGGGUUUGAUUUUUUAUUUUUUUUCUAAGAAACGUUCGGGGUCUGUUGUAUGGUUUGGAGUAUAGUAAGUUAGUUGGCUAUUUUUUUUUUUUUCUUAAUGUUUUUUUGUGAUUUGCUGUGUGGGUUUCGCUUGGCUGCGACACUUGGCUUGGGCUAAGUACUGACAUUGAAAUGUUAAUUAGCUAAUUGUUCCUGGGAAUCACCUACCUCCCCCCACCCGCACUACCAUUCUAUAGGUCUUUUUAGAAAUGUGUGUGUCAUUUUUGUGAUGUGAUAAGAACCGCUAGUGAAAGAAGUGUAGUGCGGGUUUUCUUGCCGGUAGUUGGUUGGCUGUGGAACCUUUCUGAAUAUUUUGGACGGCGUUGUUGGGAAUUUGAUGCUGUUUUGGCAUUUUAGUUUGAGGAACUGGAUUAGAACUGCAAAGUUUUAACUCUAAUGAAACAAAAGGAAUGCAUAAAUAUGAAAAUAGGAAUAUAAAACUUCAAUUUUAAAUAUGAACGGAAAACAUAUAAAUAAAACAUGUAACAUGAAUAAUGUUAUCCAUUACUAUUAGGUAUUAUAUUGUUUGAUAUAGGGUAUUUUAUAUGUUUAUAUACAUAUACAUGUAGAUUAUAAAUAUAAAUAUGCCUUUAGAAACGUAUAAUUAAUACAUGUGGAUAUAUAAAUAUGACAAAAUAAUAGGAAUCAAUACAGUACAUAAUGCAUAUUUUAGUGUAUAUGUCUUAUUAUGACACAUUAUAUGUCAUAGGAAUUAUAGCUCGAAAUAUAGUACCUCAAGAUAUUGUGAUAGAAUAUAUAAGUACUUG